GGAGUUUAAAAUAAAUUUUUACAGCAAAAUUUUUAAUUUAUAUUAGUAAGAUGAGUAGAUCAGAAGAUAACCCAAAUAAAAAAUCAACAAAAUCGAACGAACGAAAUGUAAAGUAGUAUACUUUGAAACGCAAAACUUAUGGCCGGACGUUUAGCAGACACAAGGAGCGCUUUGGACGACUUGUUGAAAAAAUUAUCAGAAAAACAAGAUACGUACAGUACUCCACUUAUUCAAGAUGUCAGAGGAGAAAACAGCUAUAUGCCCAUGCAACAACCAUCAACUCCACGUAAAAGAACAACUACAUCAGGAAACAAACCACCAAGAAAAAGAAUUAAACGUGAAAAUCCAUCUCAAGAUUCUGAAACUCAGAUGAUGGAUGCUCCACAACAACCAACGCAUAUUUGCAAGUUGUUUGAUCGCAGUGUGGAUUUUGCAAAAUUUCACAAAGGCACAUCCUUGUAUACAUUAGCCCGUGCAUGGAUGAAAAAUAAACCACAUGAAUCUGUGAAAGAUUCAAAUGUUGAAAAUCUCACCACAAUGGUAGGUGAAGUGAAUUCCGAAGCUCUUUAUAGUCUUCCAGUCCCUGUUAACGUUGGUUUACCAUCUUGUAUACCGACACCUCUUCCUCAAACUCGCGCGGAAACUUGGAAAUCAGAUUUUUUGCAACAGAAUUGUCCAGCUUCUUCUUCGGACCUCCUUAAACAACACAUAACUCGAUGGAAAGAAGUUCGUCGAAGGUGGAAAGAAGCAUCACAAGAAAAUCAACGUCCUUUUAUGACAAGUAUCCAAAUGAUAAGAAAGCUUUUUAAUCAACAAAUCUAAGGAUUAUUAUCCUGAUGUGUUCAAGGUGUUUUUUAAGAAAAUUUGAAUUGCUGCGUUUUACCGGUGCUGAUAAGCAGGUGUUUAUACAAACUUUCGUGUUAUCUUACUCAAUUUUAUGCGUUUUUCUCAAUGAUUGUUGUGUAAAAUGACGUCAUUCUAGUUAAAUGUACAAUUUGAUUUGUUAAUAAGGCAGCACUAUGUCAUAGUCAACAAUAUAUAGCGACGUUUAUUAUCAUAUUUUUAAUAUCAAACUUUAUAAUCAUUGCUAAAUUAAGUUGUCAAGAAAUUUGUAACUUGCACUAAUCGAUAUUGUCUAAAGAACGGUACAAACAGGUA